CACCUUUGUUACACAAGCCAUUCGCAUCUGACAACCUGUUGGCUCUAACUAAAACUAAACCAUGUAAGCAGAGUUUGCAAGAAACAAAGUGAAAUCGCAACCACAGCUAGCAACAACAUAUGGACCUCACUCAGUGUUCUUUAAAGAUACGUCUGGCCUUUGUCAGCAUUGCCAUCUCUGCUGUUUGCACUGAAAUGGAUUCAUAUUCACAUUUGGGACAUCUACAGCAAUGUGCGAAAAUUCCUUCUCCAGUCUGAAGAACGUAUAACAGUGAACACAGACUCAGCAUGUUACAUCAACGAAAAGCCAAACUUGUCCAGCUGGCAUUUGAAAGAGACCUGACAAGUACAUUUCUCCAGGAAGGAGAAUGGAAUCAAACUUCACACGAGAUUCAACACCGCAUGGAGGAGGCUGCAACUCAUCUAAAUGGAUGAGGAAAAUCCAGGCACUCAGAGACGACUCCUGGCUAUCGUCCUAGUCAAGGAUUCUGUGAACUCUGCUUUCUGUUUCAGCUGUGGAGAGGUAACCUGAAGGCAUUGACUGUUUUGGACCAGAGAUUCCGGUCCCCGUACCAGAAACUUGUGACGGGACGGAGGAGUGGACACAAACUAAGAACCCUCUUCGCUACAGCCAGCUGUGUUUGAUGCAGCUGAAUAACAAGCUGAGAAAAAGAAAGAGCAUUGGACUUUCCUUCUCCAUUCAGAGGACUGCCAUCCAUGUGGUGGUAUGAUGAGACUGUGAGUCAGGAGAAACACAAUCAGACAGGAUCAGAUUGAUAGAGGGAGAGAAAGAAAGGUAGAGGAGUGAGUGUCAAGGUGCCCUCCUGACCCCAAGGUGAUAGCACCAGUCAAGGCAGCAGGAUGACCAGCCUGUUCAGGCGAAGCAACAGUAAUGGAGGCUCCGGUGGGGGAGGAGGAGUAGGUGGUGGUGGUUCUUCCCCAGGAGAGCUCAACAACAGCCGGCCUAACCGACAGGUGCGGCGCCUGGAGUUCAACCAGGCCAUGGAGGACUUCAAGAUCAUGUUCCCCACCAUGGAUUACGAGGUCAUCGAGUGCGUCCUGCGCUCCAACAACGGGGCGGUGGACGCCACCAUCGACCAGCUCCUCCAGAUGAGCAUCGACGGAGAGGGAUCGGAUGACAGCUCUGACUCCGAUGAUAGCAUCCCACCAGAGAUUCUGGAGAGGUCAUUAGAACCUGACAGUUCCGACGAGGAACCUCCCCCCAUCUACUCACCGCCCACUUAUGACAUGCACAUCUACGACAGGAAGUACCCCGAGGCCCCGCCCACUCCUCCACCCAGGUUUGAGGCCCAGCUCCCGCCAGGUCACCGGCAGGUCCGCUACAGGAACUGGAAUCCACCGUUGCUUGGCAACCUGCCAGAUGAUUUCCUGCGGAUCCUGCCACAGCAACUGGAUAGUAUACAGAGCUCACAGAGCAGUCUGUCCCAGCCUUCUUCUUCCUCCACUCUGUCCUCCAUCGUCCAGCAGACAAACCAGGGAGGUGUCUCCAAGCCAGGGACUAAAGGAGCCCUAGGGGCACCUGGAGGGCCCGGGGGCAUGGCAGGGGUAGUCACGGAGCAGGAGCGUAAACUGAAACAGUACCUGGAUGAUGAACGCAUCGCUCUGUUCCUCCAGAACGAGGAGUUCAUGAGGGAGCUGCAGCGCAACCGCGAGUUCCUUGUCGCCCUUGAGAGAGAUCGCUUGAAGUACGAAUCAAAGAAAUUCAAGUCCAAUCAUUCAUCCUCUUACAUGGAGAAUUCCACAGCAGGAGAUCACUGUGCUUCGAGGUCGAUGGAGGCUUGUACUGCUGUGUCAGAUGAUGCCAUGUUCAGAGACAAACUCAAACACAUGGGCAAAUCAACAAGAAAGAAGCUGUUUGAAAUCGCCAGAUCAUUCUCUGACAAGACAAAGAGAAGAAAGUUAAAAAGAAGAACGCUCCUGAAGCACCAGUCACUGGGCACAGCCAACUCCACAGCCAACCUCCUGGAAGAUGUGGAGGGAAGCCCAGAAGAUGGCCAGCCCAGAAGAUCAGACACUCAGGAAGACGAUGUGCCACACAAGGAGCCUUUGUCAUGAUUCUCCAAGGCUGCACCACAUCAGGGUUUCCAUGGUGACAGCAGAAUGACCCAUGGCUGGUGGCCACGCAAUACUUUGGCUCCCUUCCCUAACACAGGCCAGCCAAUCUCCGGCCCAGAAGUGACCUGGGACCACCCCCUCGCCCAGGAGGAGAGGAAGCAGACUGCUACCACCUCUCCUUAACUCUGACUGUUCAUAACCGCAUUGGAUUACCAUUAUAAUCUCUGUAUUAUAACUCUUCAUUAAUAUAUGAUUUCAUAUGUAAAGGGAAGAUGCAUUAGUCUUUUGACAGUUCUUUUUUUGUUGUUGUGUCAGCUCCCUUUAAUCCCCAUUGCAGAAGGCAUGGCAGCCCUGCUGGUGAUGAUCUUAACAUAUGGACUCAUCUCGUGUUACCACUCUAAUCUCUUUGAUAUGGCUGGGGUAGGUCACUCUAGAGCCAAAGUGUGCACAAGCACCUCUGAAAUGUCCCAUAAUAAAUCAUGUUCACUCCCAGUACCCAUGUGUUGCUAUGCCCAUUUGGUCACCGUUUUAAACAGACAGUAACCAGUGAUGAUGUGGCAAGUUUUCAACUAGAAUCACAGCUCAAUCCCAUGUUUCCUGAAAGUUCAGGACACAGAAACAACUUGUAAACAGAGACUCUAACAUUACAGUUGACUUUGUAAAUCUGGAUUUGCCUCGGAGCAAUUUGACAGUAGAUGAUCUCAUCAGAGACCUGUGUGUGUCAGUCAAGGGGUUGUUAUUUAAGUGCUCAAAUGUCAACAAACCCUUCUGUUGCACCCUCCUAUAUCAAAGAGGCAUUCAAACCUGCCAAAAGGGUCACUUGUUCCAAGCGGGUCAUAUUUCAUCCCAUAUUGUUAUGUCAAUGUGUAACCUUUAAUCCCAUUUCAGGAACUCUGACAAACUUCUUAAGAUUUCAUGUGAACUGAAAUAUCCCUCUAGCUAACUGACUGCCAUAUCUCACUAUUCUCAUGUCUUUUUCAAUACAGCCUUUAUAUACUAACCCUAUUUCCUUGAGAGUAAGGAGGGGUGCAUAUUGCUGAAUUCGUUUUAUUAAUGAGUACACAAUAAUAUAACUAGUAGAAAUAUUUGAUAAACAAAUAUGCCAGUGAUCUGUGCACAUUGCUGAUAAACAUGUGUUUUAUGUGGUGUAAUGGGAAAUUAACCGUUUGUAAUGGGAAGUGUUGGGUAUUGAGAGAGCAGAACAUGAUAUGGAUGAUGCCUCUGUGAGGUGAGGACUGGCAUUGAUCUUGAUUAGAUGCUGUUGGGUGUAUCGGUAGAAAAGAGGAGGCUGAUGAUGACCCAGCGCUGUGAUAUGAGUUUCAACAGACAGUCGAGCUAGGUUUAAAGUCAACCCUUUGAGCCACUAUCUGAUUCGCAAGGUUUCACAUUGAUCUGUCACUUUCCCAACUAUUGGAAAUGAUUACUGUCUUAUUCUGAAGCCUUCUCCCCGAAGGGUGCUCUUUGCUCACGAUCGUUAAAAAGGAAGGGACAGACUGGUGUAGGAAAUAUGGUGGCAACUCUCUCCACCAUGCUUCUAAAAAUGUCAAUGUUUUAAAAUUGAUGCAUAAAAGUGAGCAAGCCAAGUGCACACUUUUGGGAGAAGGGUGGGGAAUUGGAACACCAAUUCAAAUAGUAGAGUACCUUCUUAAAUGGAUUUAAAUGUAAAUGUUUGAUUUGCUACCUCUCAAUCUAGAUGGCUCCAUGAUUGAAACGUAUGAUGAUUCAAAUCACAUCACCCAUUUACAGUUUUUCCUUGAUUCAGGAAUGAGACAUGUUUUAACCCUUCUCUGUCAGGAUGUUGACAGAAGACCUCAUUGGUGAUGGGUCAUGUGUUGUAUAUAAGGAGAAGGGUAUGUUUGUUGAACAUACGGAGAAAGUUUUGUAUGUACAAGUAUUGAUUGUGUGAAGGGAGGCUAAAAUCGACCCUUUCAGUGUUCUUUUUGAAGUCUUGAUGUUAUGGAUUGGGUUUGGAAUUUUGCCCCUUUGACAAUUUCUGUCUGUUGUCAUUUUCUUGUUUGUUAGUUUUGCUCUCAGCAUUUUUCUCAUAUAGGUCUUCAAACUCUCUAAACAUGUUUGCCAAUAAAAUGUGUUUAUUGCCCUUGCCAUAAUGAAAAAGAUUUGCCAUAAUAUCACCCACUCGUUUAUACUGUUUUUGAGCGGCAGAUAGAGGGCGCCAUUAUCCAGCUUACUCAAACUGCCAUCAGACUAUCCAGACUUCAUUGUUACUGUCAUGCGAUUCACAUCAGUGGAGGCUGCUGAGGGGAGGACGGCUCAUAAUAAUGGCUGGAAAUGGAACGAGUGGAAUGGCAUCAAACACAUAGAAACUAUGUGUUGGAUACCAUUAAACUGAUUCCGCUCCAGCCAUUACCAUAAGCCCGUCCUCCCCAAUUAAGGUGCCACCAACCUCUUGUGAUUCACAUUCAUAUCCAUAUAGGUAUUUCAAAUGGGUAUUUGUAAUAUAUACUACCGUUCAAAAGUUUUGAGUGACUUAGAAAUGUCCUUGUUUUUGAAAGAUAAGCACAUUUUUUUGUCCAUUUUAAAAUAACAUCAAAUUGAUCAGAAACACAGUGUAGACAUUGUUAAUGUUGUAAAUGACUAUUGUAGCUGUAAACAGCUGAUUUUUAUGGAGUAUCUACAUAGGUGUACAGAGGCCCAUUAUCAGCAACUGUCACUCCUGUGUUCCAAUGGCACAUUGUGUUAGCUAAUUCAAGUUUAUCAUUUUAAAAGGCUAAUUGAUCAUUAGAAAACCCUUUUGCAAAGAUGUUAGCACAGCUGAAAACUGUUGUUCUGAUUAAAGAAGCAAUAAAACUGGCCUUCUUUAAACUAGUUGAGUAUCUGGAGCAUCAGCAUUUGUGGGUUCGAUUACAGGCUCAAAAUGGCCAGAAACAAAGCACUUUCUUCUGAAACUUGUCAGUCUAUUCUUGUUCUGAGAAAUAAAGGCAAUUCCAUGCGAGUAAUUGCUAAGAAACUGAAAAUCUCAUACAACGCUGUGUACUACUCUUUCUGGCCAUUUUGAGCCUGUAAUCGAACCCACAAAUGCUGAUGCUCCAGAUACUCAACUAGUUUAAAGAAGGCCAGUUUUAUUGCUUCUUUAAUCAGAACAACAGGUUUCAGCUGUGCUAAGAAAAUAGUGUUUCUUUCAAAAACAAGGACAUUUACUGGAUACUGGAGUGCUUUAAUUUAUUUCUAUAGAAGACAUUCUAACUCAUAUCUGCAGUAGCUGAGAGAGCAUCUUUGAUAAGACACAGGUUACGUUUGUUUACAAAAGCCUGUGACAGUUCACCCACUGACCAGUCAGCAGGUUUAUGUCUGUCUAUUACAACGUUACAUGAUAUCAGUAAGUCACCAAGUGCUUGCACUCCAUUGGUCUAUUGCUUAGUUUAGUUAUUUUCAGAAAAGAGCGAAGGGAAAAUGUUUUUUGUAUCUUCAGUUCCAGGCUUUUGUCUGACAUCUGAACACGAGUGCCAUUUUGUUAUUGCACUGUCGAGGGCAAAACUCGUCUGCAUGGUUUUGUGACGUGAUUUCAAAAUGGCUUGAUGUUUGACUGCUCAUAGAAAUAUGUAGAUACAUUAUCCUCUCAGGGAAGCUCCACUCUUUGUACUGUUCUUCCAUUUCCAAUUUGUGUGACUUGGUAAAAGCACAGUUAAGAAUAUGAAAAGGUAUAUUUAGGCUGGUAGUUUAUUUCUUUAUAAGCUUCAAAUAUCAUGUUGGUGGCCAGACAUGAUUUCAAAUGCAUACUGGACCGGUCUGUGCGAUAGACCAAAAAGCUGCAUAUAGGCCUAGUUGCUGUACGGAAAAGAGCAUACUCAAAAUAACUUCAAACUUUAACGUUUUAACCUUUUCUGACCAAUAGACAUGCAGCACCACAAAUGCUUGGUUAAUUAUGUUUUUGUUGAGAUGUUUCUAAGUACAGAUUAUUUUAUUGUACUGUGUGUGUGCCAGACAGGGUGAUAUGCUUCAUUAUGAAUGUACAUGAAUAGAGAUGAGGCCAGUAAUAGCAGACAACAUGCUUGUUUACAAUGCACUCAUGAGCCUGCAAUCUUCUAUGGCUCAUAAUCCUAUCAUAAGAAUGUAUGCCAUAGUUACUUUGAAGAACUACCACCACAGGCCUGAUGGUUUUUAGUUUCAUAUGGAACUCGGUGCGAUCUGUGUGGCCUGUCCAUAAACAGACCCCUAUAGCCUCUAACCUCCAGGCAUUUUUGUAGAUCUGUUUCUGGACAGGACUGUAGCUAAUCCUACCAGUCAAUGUAGGUCAAACGUAUGAAAACCAUUGCUCAUUAUCAAAACUGAUAUACAUUUCAAGAACUUCAGAAUUUGUAUGAUUCAACAUGUUUGUUUGUGUCAUAUUUUGGAAGGUCAAGGUCAGAAGCCAGUUUCUACCCACAACAUAUGUUUAAGGUUCUUUAAGUGAUUGUUGUACUCCAGAUUGAUUUCUGGAUCAGAUUUUUCUUACACUUUAUUAAGAAAGUUUCUUAUAGCUAUUGAAGUAAUCAAAUUGUGUUGUACCCUGUCUGAUGUGAUUGUGUGACAUUUGUAAAGAUUUAUUAACCGAUUCUGCUCAUUAAAGUUGUUUAUCGAUCCCUUAGA